UGUUAUAUGUAAAAUUUUAAUACUUUUUUGUACAAAGUAUGUUAUACACAUACACAAUUCUUCAGACUUGCUCACUCCUACUUUUUGUUACGACUUGUGUCCAUUGUUACAAGAUCUUAUUUUACAAAGUAUUUGAAAUUUUGCAAGAUUUUAGAAACAUAAUUAUGAUUGCUACAUGCUUUGUAUUUUCAGAUUAAUGCAGAGUUUACCAGAAUUACCACUAUACCGCUGCAGUCAAAGUUUAUGGCUCAACUUGAUCAGUACUCUGAUAAAGUUCAUAAAGGUGUUCAGCAGCAAAGGAGGGAUUACUGGAAGGAAGAUCAGAAACAUAAUGGCAGUAGCAGCAAAGAGAGACAACAUUGAUUUAAGAAGAGAGUGUGUUCUGAAGAGCCUCUGUGUCUAUCUUAAUGAAGAUAUGGGAAAUGUUGUGAAGGAGUACUUGAAUGGCAACCCAAAUGAUGCUGAGAGGGAGAUUGAACAAACGGUCAUGGGAAUAUAUGUAAUAAGAAGAGAAGGUGAAGAUGAUACUGAGGAGGCAGAGGAUGUAGGUGUUGUACUUGAGGGUGUUGAGGUUCUCAAUGAACUGAAGAACAUUGUCUCUGCUUUUAUCAUGUUGUUUGGCCUGAUCUAUGCACUCAACCUGAGCUACCCUCAUGAUUUAAAAUUUACAUUUGAAGUUCUUCAGAAGGUCAUAAUGAACAUGGAUGGGCAAAGCUUUCUCCAAAAGUGCAAGCACUUAAAAUUAAAAUGCUUCAGUGAUCAUCAUAAACACAAUGAAGAUAUUUUCUUUUGUAUUCUGAUUUUUUUUUUUUUUUUUUACAAAUUAGAAAUGGUUAAACAGAGAGGCAGAACUUUUUGGUUUCCUUUAAAAGUAUUUUUAUUGUGCAGCUUUUUGCCUCUGACCAUUGAAGGACAUUUUUGAAUUGAUGUUUUUCCCCAGAAGAAAAAAUGUUU